AUGGAUAAAGAAAAUUUAAUCAACAACUCACAAACGUCUUCAGAAACUCCUGAUAGCACUUGGGACAUCAAGUUGACUGUUUCUGACAUCAAAGCUAUUAUGGAGCAGUUUGAUCAAGAACCAGAUUACCUCGAGCAGUUUGAUCGAGAACCAGAUUACCUCGAGCAGUUUGAUCGAGAACCAGAUUACCUCGAGCAGUUUGAUCGAGAACCAGAUCACCUCGAGCAGUUUGAUCGAGAACCAGAUUACCUCGAGCAGUUUGAUCGAGAACCAGAUCACCUCGAGCAGUUUGAUCAAGAACCAGAUCACCUCGAGCAGUUUGAUCGAGAACCAGAUCACCUCGAGCAGUUUGAUCAAGAACCAGAUUACCUCGAGCAGUUUGAUCGAGAACCAGAUUACCUCGAGCAGUUUGAUCGAGAAUCAGAUUACCUCGAGCAGUUUGACCGAGCAGCCUUCAACCGCUUAGUAAAAGGCAGGAUCAGAUAUGUCGGCUCCGGGACGUAUGGAGUAGUGGUUCUAGUAGAGUGGCAAGGAAUCCCUGCAGCUCUGAAAGUUGCGAAGUCGUCUUCGUCUGCCGAAUUUUUCAUCAGAGAAGCCAACGUUUUGUUGUUGUUGAAGGGAGCCGGAGGCGCUCCCCUCCUACUUGGGGCGAGAGUCAAGCCUCUGGCGAUCCUUACCAGCUACAAGGGCAACCAGACGCUUGAGACAGUGUUAAAAAUACGUCAGUACAACUUAAUUGAAGUUGGAUUACUGGUCGGUAGAAAAUUACUGGAAAUCCACAAGUUGGGAAUCGUCCACAAUGAUUUAAAGUGUGACAAUGUUAUGGUGCAAGGUCCGCCUCUCGAGCCAGAAGUCAGCCUGAUUGAUUUUGGGUUGGCCGGCAAGAAUAAUGAAAAUUUGUUCUUGAGUGGUGACCCAGAGAUUUACGCCCCUGAAAUUCUUCAGGAACAUCGCAGCACGUAUGCUUCCGACGUAUAUUCUUACGGUAAACUUAUGCUGCAAAUCCUGAAGGCGUCGCCCGCAGAAGACACAUUACUGGAGCAGGUGUUCCAGGUAGCCACACACGACAACCCUGAGAAGCGUCCAUCACUCCCUCACCUGCUGCGCCGUCUACAGGACCACAUUAGCAAGAUGUCCCUGGCUGUGAGAGAACUCCCUCGAAAGCGCUGUUGGAGUCCUACUCUAGAUUCCGUCAACUUCCAAUUCAACAGGGAAGGACAGCAACACCCUAAAAGGCUCUGUCGGAGUCUUGGACGACGACUCAACCCUAAAGUCGUCUACCUUAAAAACAGUAAGAAAAAGAGAAAACGCCCAAAAGAUAGCUAUCUGCGAAAUAAUGUAACAAGGAUCGAGCUUUUAGCUCUUGGACUCUACCUUUGA